AUGUUAGCAGAUGUGCUGCAGUAUAAAUCUUCGAAAACAAGUUUACAUCGCGCAAAAAUCCAAUAUUUAACUAUUAAAGUGCGCAUCGAUGAGCCCGAUGACAAAAACUGGCAACUUUGUGGUUGGUUGACCGGUGACAAGAACUAUAUUCUAUUAAUAAUUGUAGAUCAGUGGAUAAGUAGCUCUCCGUACUGCUUACCUGCACCAAUCGCACCGCUGCCCCAAACCUCCAUCCGCCGCACCAGCGGACCACCUCGCAGGUCACCCUUAUCCGUCUACCGUAAUACCUCGGCAGAAAGCCAAAAUAUGAAGUACUUGUUACAGCUCUAA